ACAAGCUCGAACAGAAUAACACAUGACUUACCGGGGAACUAUUCGCUGUGGAUAAACUGUCUUACUGCAUUGGAUAUAUAGUAUCAACACAAGAAGUCAUUGCUUCGAGGACGAGAAAUGAGCGACCAGUCAAAGCAUAUUCCUGUGAUAGACUUUGCACAAUGUGGUCUUCAAGUGCUUGAAGAGGGUCUUCAGACUGGUGAUGUGUCACUAGUUGGACAAUUGUUGAAAGAAGCGUUCAGCACCGUUGGGUUUUGCUACCUGAAGAACCAUGGUAUUGACCAACAGUUAGUCGACAAAUAUAUGGCUGUUUCAAGAAAUUUCUUUGAGCAAUCGGUUGAAGAUAAAAUGAAACACGCUACGAAGGUUGACAGCUAUUACGGAUGGAUUGCUGUUGAACGGGAGAAGUUAAACCCAGAACGACCUGGUGAUUUAAAGGAGGCCUUCAACUUUAAUCCCGCUGACGACUCCGACGAUUGGUCGGAUGUAGAAUUUCAGCAGACGAGUAUGGACAUGUUCCAAAGAUGCACCGAGCUGUCACAACGUAUAUGCGAUGCUUUGUCCGUUGGCAUAGGCCUUCGACGGAGCUUUCUUCGUGAUGCUCAUAAGUUUGCCGGCAAAAAAGGAAGUGCGACGACACUACGAAGUUUGUACUACCCGCCGAUUCCCGAAGGAUCACCAUUAAAGCCUGGUCAAAUUCGAGCUGGUGAGCACUCAGACUAUGGCUCAAUUUCGCUAGUUUUCCAAGACGAUAUAGGAGGUCUUGAGGCUAACAUUCAUGGGACUGGCUACGUACCCGCAAGUCCGAUCUCCGGAACAGUAUUGGUCAAUAUCGGCGAUUUACUUCAGAGAUGGACGUCGGAUAAACUGUUGGCUACGAAACACAGGGUUGUUGUACCUGAAAAUGAAAUUGGAGGAAAAAAGUGCCGUCAGUCUAUCGUUUUCUUUUUCUACCCCGACUACGAUUAUUUGAUUAAAUGUGUGGAUGGCUCAGAUAAAUACGACCCCAUAACAGGCCUUGAUUAUCUUAAGUAUCGUUACAGCAUUACCUUCUGACAUAGAUUGAAUUUUUAUCACAACCUAGUUCACGAACAAGCUUUUGGCUAUGGCUGCAUAUCCAGAUUUAUAUUUAAAUUUAAACGUUUUUCAAGUGAUAUGUAUGACUGCUAUUGUAAAUGCUGAUCGAAUAUUAUAUUACAUAAACUUGUUAAUCAAGAAUAUGUUUUCGUGAAUUUGUAAAGGAUAUCGUUUCAAAGCGAUUAUCUGUAUUAUCUAAAUGUUAUUUUGUCCGCAGGAGUCGCGCAUUGGGUUUAUCGGCCACUGUUUAUCAUGAUAUAUUUGAGCAAUACUCAGUGUCCACUACAAAGACCCGCACUUUUUGUCUUCAUGAAAACCGACAUUGAAUUAUAGAUGUUCGUUAGUGCUUAUACAUAACAGUACUUUAAUGUCAUGUUAAUGUCAUGUUAAUGUCAUGUUAAUGUCAUGUUAAUGUUAUGUUAAUGUCAUGUAAAUGUCAUGUUAAUGUUAUGAUAAGGUAAUAACUAUAAAGGUAGGUGAUGUUUACGUGUACACACAUUAAAAAAGCAUAAUUUUACAGUUGUCACCGUUUUGAUUAUUUAAUUAUUUGAUGCCAGGAAUUAAAUGACGAUAAUAUCUUAAAUGACACAGAUUUUAUGACGAUAGUUUAUACUCUGAGACCUGGGAGGCAAAAUGCACAUUGUCACAUUUGCUUUCAAUCAAUCCUAGAAACUGUUCGCCAUGUAGUUGUCACCUACCCGAAAUGUUAUUUUAUUAAUUAUUAAGAGUCUUAAUCGUCGAGAUAAAAGAAUAAAUUGUAAGACUUUUCCAAUUUUAACUUAAUUUCGUGGUAUGUUAAUUACAUGAACGCUACCUAAAUCUGCCUACCCCGAUAGGCUUAACCAUUAUGCCAAUCCAGUGAAUAUCGUUGUUUACAUUUUUAGAACAUUACAUAUACAUGUAUGUGUUUUCUUAAUCAUUUAAGGGACCAUGCAUUUGACAAAAAGUAAUGCAUGUGGAACCCACAACGGAAAUGAGCACAUGUUCCAAUCAUAGACGAACUUUCGAAAGCAAAACGGCCCUUCCGGGAGCCUCGCCGUGUGGGUUCAUCAAAGAUUUUGCCUCAUGUACGAUAUGGACGAACAAACAUUUAAUACUGUGCGUUAACAUGCGUCUUAUUGAUUUUGACCUUCUGAGAAUUUAUAUAAACGUUACUGUAACAGUAUUUACAAUGUUACGUGUAAGAUUUUAUAAAAUGAAGAAGUGUAUGUAGAAUAGGCCAAUUUCAACUAUAACUCCACCCCAACUGUCCUGUUUGUUAUUGUCACUUGUUUGUCCAUGUGAUUCUCAUGUUUAUGUAAAUGAGUGUAUGAGGUUAUGUAUGAAAGUGGUCAAACGGGUAUAUUUAUAUUUAACUAACAGUUUCAUUGGCUCUCCUAUUUUUAUCUCACCGCCCUUACUAAUUUUCUAGGUUUCUCUAAUCAUUCCCAACCUAAACGCACAACUGCAAAGUUGUCCGUAUAUAGUUUAUACAUUCAGUUUCAACAUAACUGUCUGAAUCUUAUUUAAAUGAUUGUAUCGUUUCACAGCCUGGUGAGUUAUUAUAUAUAAUUACAUAGAUAACUAUUAGUCGUUCGUUUGUAUUAAUUAAUAUCUAAAUAAUAAUUAAACCCGUUUUGUAUUUGCUUCUAUUUUGUUCAAACACGUGGCCAUU